AUGAUGGCUGUGUCCUGGUCAGACCGAAACAACGUUCUCAUCUAUAGGACUUUCGAAGAGUUUAAGAAAUUCCAUAAAGUACUGAAGAGAAAAUUCCCCAUAGAAGGUGGUUUACUGAAGAAAUCUGACCGGAGCAUUCCAAAGUUUAAAGAUGCAAAACUGAUGCAGAGAAAGAGCAGGAAUUUGAGCAGGUCAAUGGAGAGAUUGAAACUGCUAGAGACUUACGCCCAGGAGCUGCUGAAAGCGGAUGCUAAAGUCUCCCAGAGCGAAGAUGUGAUCCAGUUUUUCAAAGCGCAAACCCAAGACCUAGAUCCUUCCUUUCCAGAAAACAGCAUUAUAAUUAUGCCCUCAGAAAUGAGAGAUGGAAAGAAAGACCAGCCCAAGCAGCAGAACCCUUCUGUUACUCAGCCAGUGGUCUCCCAGAACUACAGCUGCAUUGAAGCCUAUGAAACCAAAGACACAAAGAACAGGCCCUUCAAAGUUGCCAAGAAGGAAAUUGUCGAAGUGUUAAUCAAGGACAUGACCGGGUGGUGGCUGGUGGAGAACAAGGAUCAGCAAAUAGCCUGGUUCCCAGCUCCGUAUCUGGAGGAGAGAGGAACUGGGGAGGAGAAUCUGAAUGCCAGAGAACUGGAUGAGGAGGGGACUCUGUACUACGCCGUGCGGGCCUACAAGUCUCAGAAGGCCGAUGAGCUCUCUCUGAAUGUCGGGGUAGUUGUGGAGGUGCUAGAGAAAUCUGACAAUGGCUGGUGGCUGAUCUGGUACAAUGAGCGCACUGGCUACAUCCCCUCCAUGUUCCUCCAGCCGUAUAAGAACCCGCACAGCAAGUUCCAGACGAUGGUGAACGCUGGCCUCUGCGUCUCCACCCCUAACCUGCUGCAGGCCGCCAGCCCCUCCAGCUGGAGUUCCCUCCCCCAGCGCAAGACGCCGGCAGGGGACAUGCCCCCGACUCGCUCAGUGCAGGAGAGGCUCAUACAGAGCAGGGAUCCUCUGAGCAGAACGAGAUCGAGAUCUCUGAGCGGCCCGCUGACUGGGGCGGAGAGCGCAGCCAGCUCCAGCCUCACGUGUGAGCUAGACAGUCUGUCUGAUAGUUCAGGGAGCGGGAGCGAACACGGCUUCAGCCGGGAUCGAAAGGCAGGCUCAUCAGGGUCUUUGCCUGGAGUCAAGCAGGCCGUGGCUGGCCUCCUGCAAGCAAGCCUAGGUCAAGCCUCGGCCAGUCGAAGCAGCAAAGCUCCUCACCUCACCAGCAAGGAUAGGAAUGAUUCUGGCUUUGAGGAGGAGUCUCCAAGUGACUCAGAUUCUUUCCUUCACAGCCCAGACUCUUACGCCAGCGUCCCCAAGCUGCCGGUGCGACCCGCGGUCCAGGAAAUCCUCCAGAAAUGCAGCACUGUGACCAAGAGAGCCGUGCAAAGGGCUGCCCCCAGGCCAAACCUGCAUUCCUCACCUCACCUCUACCCCAGAGGGGAGACGUGUGCAAAGCCGACGGAUGCUCUAGCGCACGUGUGCCUCAGAUGA